UUUUAAUAUCUUGUAGCUAGAAAAUUAUGCGAAAACUGAAGAAGCUAAAGUUGAGGAGCUUAUAAAGGCAGUUGCUGAUUCCGGUGCCAAAGUAAUUGUUAGUGGAGCAGCAGUUGGGGAGAUGGCACUUCAUUUCUGUGAGCGCUACAAGUAUAUCACCUUCUAUUGUGUUUUUUUAUUGAUUAACUUACUAAUUUUCCGCACUACUGGUGCUGUUGCUAUGUUAAAGCUUAGCAAGCCAAACCCAGAUGACCUGGGACAUGUUGAUUCAGUUUCAGUAGAAGAAAUUGGUGGUGCUAGGGUCACUGUUGUGAAGAAUGAAGAAGGUGGGAACUCUGUAACCACUGUUUUAUUGCGAGGAAUCACAGAUAGCAUUUUAGAUGACAUUGAAAGAGCAGUUGAUGAUGGAGUAAAUACUUACAAGGUAUAUUGAGAUGAUUUCUUUGGAGCAAUUAUUGACAACAUUUGUAGUUGAGGCCUUUAGAAUGGAAGAAUGUAUUUCACUAUUUUUUGUAUACAUUUCUUGUUUUGUAUUUAGUGAUAAAGGAAUCUGAAUUGGGCAUAAAUUAUGUUGUAAUAUGAUUUCUUAAGCCUAGACUAGUAGACUAAAUAUUGUAAUUACAUUUUGAGUAAUUAAUAAAAAUCUAUUUAUGUUACCUUA